AUCUUUUAUUUCACUCAGACCAGCUCAUUCGCUGUCAGCUUUUCCCUCUCUAAACUUUACAGAGGCUAAAUCUGAGUUAAAUAAGAAACCGAGUUUUUAUCUUCAGUUAAAACCGUGACCAUAAAACGCUCCGUGUUUUGGCGCGUCCUGUUGUGAAAAGUUAAGGCGCACGUGCAUAACAAUGAUGCUCCGUGAAAGUGUGAGUGCGUGGACUUCAUCCCGACCUCUCCCUGACCCCUCUCACCCUCUCCCUCCGACUUUUACUGCGCAGAGGAGGUCAGACAGUCUGCGCUCCGUGCGACAGGGACGGACGCUCCAUGGAUCCCUCCGAUGCGUAAAAAAAAAAAGAGAAACAAGCACGAGACCAGUGUGAAGCAGGGGGGCCCGUACUCGGAGCAGACCCCCCCUCUUCUUCUGAGCUAUCAUCUCAGACGACACAUCCCGAGUGGCUGAGAGUGGGGGGGUCGGGGGAGAGGAAGAGCGAAAUGAAAAGUUGAAUGGCUACCAGAGGACACCUGGGUGCGUCAGGACAGGAGGGGACGAGCACGCGCUGAAAAGUUCCGGGGCUGAUUGAGUUCCGAUGUGAGAGAGACAGUGAGCGGAGAUCCACGCAGCCAGCAGCAGCAGUGUCUCCACGACCACAGACACGGAGAGGAUCUAGUUUUUUUUAAAGGAGCGCUCGGAGGGUGACGGAGCGCGGCUGUAGGGAGAAGAGUCGUCCCACGGCACCGAAGACACGGAGACCCACGGUGACGGUUCGUCUCUUUGACGGAGGAGAAUUCCCGCUGCUGCCGCUUUCUUCGUCGACUUUUUAUUCACACAUUUUUACGGUGAAACUCCAGAGUUUCAACACUUUUCCUUCGUUUAAAAAUCCUGUUUCUGAUCCCAGGAGGUCAGAUGGAGCCUCAACGAUCUUGGACGGGUCAGGCCAUGUAAAAUUCUGCGUGGAUGCCAGCGAGCCAGAUAGCGGGAGCUGGCUGAAGCACAUCCAGUUCGCCCCUGUGGCCGAGCAGCACAACCUGACGGCGUGCCAGAUAGAUGAUCAGAUCUUCUACAAAGUCACCAGAGAGAUUUUACCCGGCGAGGAGCUGCUGCUGUUCAUGAAGGCUGAAGAGUAUUCAUGUGAUACCAUGGCUCCUGAUAUUCACGAGGAGAGGCAGUACCGCUGCGAGGAUUGUGACCAGCACUUUGAGUCCCGUAAUCAGCUGCUGGACCACCAGAAGCAGCCGUGUGGGAUGCCCCCGUCCUCUUUCCUGAACCCAGGAGGAGAUGUUGACCUGAAGGCUCAGGAACCUCAAGACUUGAGACCCCUCCACCUGUCACAUGGUCUACACGAGUGUAAGGAGUGUGACCAAGUCUUCCCUGAUGUCCAAAGUCUCGAGGCCCACACGCUGUCUCACUCAGAGGAGAGGGAAUACAAGUGUGACCAGUGUCCCAAGGCUUUUAACUGGAAAUCCAACCUGAUCCGACAUCAGAUGUCACAUGACAGCGGCAAGCACUACGAAUGUGAAAACUGCUCAAAGCAGGUGUUCACAGACCCCAGUAACCUGCAGAGGCACAUCCGCUCGCAGCACGUCGGGGCACGGGCCCACGCCUGCUCUGACUGCGGAAAGACGUUCGCCACGUCUUCGGGCCUCAAGCAGCAUAAGCACAUCCACAGCAGUGUCAAGCCCUUCAUGUGUAAGUCACUAAGACCCUACCUAUGCGAAGUGUGCCACAAGUCCUACACCCAGUUCUCCAACCUGUGCCGCCACAAGCGCAUGCACGCUGACUGCCGCACACAGAUAAAGUGCAAGGACUGCGGGCAGAUGUUCAGCACUACUUCCUCUCUCAACAAGCACCGGCGCUUCUGUGAAGGCAAAAACCAUUUCACAGCAGGGGGAUUGUUUGCCCAGGGUAUGCCACUCCCUGGUGCCCCCGGCUUGGACAAAUCAGCCCUGGCAAUGGGCCACAGCAGUGCUGGGCUGGCUGAUUACUUUGGUGCCAGUCGCCACCACAGCGGGCUCACCUUCCCUGCUGCACCGGCCUUUCCCUUCAGCUUCCCUGGCCUCUUCCCCUCUGGACUCUAUCAUCGACCACCACUCAUUCCUGCCACCUCUCCUGUCAGACAAGCAUCCCAUGCACCCGUUGGGCCUGGUGGAGAGCUGAGUAAGAGUCCGCUCCUGCCCCCAAGCCCUGGAGUUCUGGAGUCCAGAGAGCUCCUCAAGGCACUUCGUAAAGAUGGUGGUUUACCUGGCAACCAACUGUCAGGUUCAGAGCACCACGCCCAGACGUCUUCAUCGUCCACAAAGCAGCGGAACAAGCAGAGCGACCAGUCCGAGAGCAGCGACCUGGACGAUGUCAGCACGCCCAGCGGAAGUGACCUGGAGAGCACAUCAGGCUCUGAGCUAGAGAGUGACAUGGACAGCGAGAGGGAAAGGGGGGCUAUGAGAGAAAAUGGGAAAGGCCCAAAGAGGAAGGUCAGUGAGGGAGGCCCUCAGAGCCCCAGCCUGACUGGAGGCAGUGCUGCUAAAGACUUCCCAGGCCCUGGCCUCAUCCCAUCCUCGCUGGACGAGCACACAGCCGUUACAGGGGCUGUAAAUGACUCUAUCAAGGCCAUUGCCUCCAUAGCUGAAAAGUACUUUGGCUCCACGGGACUGGCUGGCCUGCAGGACAAGAAGGUCGGCUCUUUGCCCUACCCCUCCAUGUUCCCACUGCCCUUCUUCCCAGCUUUCUCUCCUCCAGUUUUCCCUUUUCCAGACAGGGACCUCAGACCUCCAGGUCUAAAGGGCGAGCCACAGUCUCCGGCUGAUGACUGCAAGAAGGCCCAGGGUAAACCCUCAUCCGAGUCACCGUUUGACCUCACUACCAAGCGGAAGGAGGAAAAGUCAGCCAUGUUUGCUCCCUCCAAGCCUGAGGCACCCAACUUAAGUGGUCAGGAUCAACCGCUGGACUUGAGCCUAGGAACAAGAGGCCGUGGACGCAAUCCAAGAGAAGAUGAGACCAAGAACAACCUGCCGUAUGAGGAGGAGAAAGCAGUGGUGGAAAUUCCAAAAGCUGACACCUCCUUACAGCAUGCAAGGCCGACACCUUUCUUCAUGGACCCCAUUUACAGCAGGGUUGAGAAGAGGAGAAUGAGUGAUCCGUUUGAGACACUGAAAGACAAGUACAUGCGGCCGGCUCCAGGCUUUCUCUUCCAUCCACAGUUUCGUUUGCCUGAUCAGAGGACUUGGAUGUCGGCCAUUGAGAACAUGGCAGAGAAGCUGGAGACAUUUGGCUCCUUGAAGCCGGAUUCUGGGGACAUUCUGCGCUCCGUCCCCUCCAUGUUUGACUUCAGAGCCCCCCCAUCUGCGCUUCCAGAGACACUGCUGCGCAAAGGCAAGGAGCGUUACACCUGCAGAUACUGUGGGAAAAUAUUCCCUCGCUCUGCUAACCUGACUCGCCACCUCAGGACUCAUACAGGAGAGCAGCCCUACAGGUGUAAAUACUGUGACCGCUCCUUCAGCAUCUCCUCCAACCUGCAACGCCACAUUCGCAACAUCCACAACAAGGAGAAGCCCUUCAAGUGCCACCUGUGUGAUCGUUGCUUUGGUCAGCAGACCAACCUGGACCGUCACCUGAAGAAGCACGAGAAUGGAAACCUGUCAGGCACUGCGAUGUCAUCCCCGCAGUCUGAGCUGGACAGUGGCAGUGCCAUAUUAGACGACAAAGAAGAUUCUUACUUCAACGAAAUAAGAAACUUCAUCAGCAACGCAAGCCAGAACCAGGCAUCGCCGGACCCCUCUGAGGAAGGGUUAAAUGGUGGUCCAUUUGAAGAAGAGAAGCCUCUGAUGGCCAGCCAGGGUUCUCGUGACCUUGAAGAUGAGGAUGUGGAGGACCUUGGUGCUGAUGAAGAAGAAGGGGAGGAGCCUAGCAACACCUCUGGCAAACAGGAAGACAAAGUCCAUCCCAGCGGCCUGAGUGAUGACAUUAUACAAGAUGAGAUGGACUUCAGUGAACCCAACGACUUGAACCUCAACUGUAAAACCUCUCCGAGGAGGUAUAAGGACGAGGAGGAGCAGAGCGGCUACUCAGCCUUGGAUCAUAUUCGUCACUUUUCAGACAUGCGUAAGCUGGAGGAGAGCGAGCUUAGCGAAGGGGAUGGAGAUGAGGAUGAUGGAUCGCUCGGCUCACCCCUGGCUGAAGCAGUGAAGCAGCCGCUGUUUAGGAAAUCCAAGUCUCAGGCAUAUGCCAUGAUGCUGUCUCUGGCUGAGAAGGACUCCCUCCACCCGGCCUCCCACACCCCGGCCACCAUGUGGCACAGUCUGGCCCGGGCUGCUGCUGAAUCCAGUGCCAUCCAGUCCCUCAGCCACGUAUGAUGGCACCCCCUACCUUGUGCUUCCCCUGUCACCUUUAAACCCCGCCUACCUGACCUAUGGCACUUGGAGCCCAUUGGAGGGCCUAUGUGCGGUGGCCCCUGAUCGUCCACAGAGAGACUGCUGAGCAGAACCACGGCCCAUCUGACUGCUGAGCGGAGCGCCUUACAAACACAGAGCAGGGCCCACGCCCCUACAGAGCCCAAACAGCCCCAACUUCAAACCCUGCCCCCAUCAGAUAGAGAACAAAACACCCGUCCAAAAUCUUCAAAUUCACUUAAGACCCACAACGAUGAGGACUGUGGUUAAAAUAAUAAUGAUGCUAAAGUAAUAAUAGCUGUAUUUAUUCUGCUGGAUCUCUCUGUUUUGCACAGCAAAGGCAGCUGGUGGACAUGGAUGAAGGAUAUGUGCUGAUGUGUCUUUGCUAGACUACAGUUAGAGCAGAGCACAUACCCAACAAUUAACCCUGUAACAGUUAUUUAGGUUGAUUCUCUAAGACAAUGGUUCACUGUGCAUUAAAGCAGAAGAAGGCUGACUUGUCUGACAAUGCUAUGUGCAACUGUACACCUUGGCCACUUUAUUAGGUACACCUGUUUAACUGCUCGUUAAUACAUAUAUCCGAUCAGCCAAUCAUGUGGCAGCAAACAAAGUAUUUAGGCAUAUAGACAUGAUGAAAUGAUAUGCUGAAGGUCAAAGGGAACAUCAGGAUGGGAAAGAAAGGUGAUUUAUAAACAUGCCGUUGUUGUUGGUGGUCUCACAGGUGUUCAUGUUGAUUAUUGGGUCCCUAUGAUUUAACAUGGCAGCAGAAUUUUAGGCUCAUCAGAUCUGGUGACAUCUUUCCAGUCUUUUACUGCCCAGUUUGGGUGAGCAAGUGUGAUUUGUUGCCUGAGUUUGCCCCCCUGCUUCAAGGUUCAACAGGUUGUACGUUCAGAGAUUAGCUUGGAUGUAGCCACAGUGGCAAUUUAAUCAGAACUGGACAGGAUUUCUUUAUUAAAACGAACAAAGAGUCACACUGAGAGCCACUACUAAAUGCACCUAUACAUAGGUGUAUGUCUUAAAAACAGCUCUGAGGGUUUAGUUGGUCUUUAAAAAGACUUAAAGCACUUCAAUUGUUGUAAAAUUCUAUUAACGAACGGUCGAGCUAGCUUGUUGCAAGAAUUAAACAACAUGAAGGCCACCAAUAACCAUGGCACAUUCAGUUAAUCUCAUUCUAGUGCUCGCCUCAGCCUUUAUCACAUCAUCUUCACCAUGUCUACAUGCCUAAAUACAUCGGUUGCUGCCUUGUGAUUGGCUGAUUGGUUAUUUGCAUUGUUGAAUAGUUGAAUGGGUGUACCUAAUAAAGUGGUCGAAGAGUGUUUGUAGUGGAUGAUAAAAAUGAAGGGUGGGGUUAUCAGCCUCAAUAAUGAAAACGCUCCAUGUAAGGAGGGCGCUUUACUAUCACUGAAGUCUCUGAAGAACAAGUUUAAAAUCGUUAAAAGCUGAAGUGAGAUAAGGCCAGUUUCCCAUCUGUGUUUGCGGCUGUGUAUGUCUGCACAAUCAUAGCACUGUACUCAAGUGUCGACCAACUGUUGUCCUCUGCACUCCAUCCUGCCGCCUGCUCUAUCUGUGAAAGGAUAUAAAUAGAUUGUCUUUUUAGUGGAAGAGAAGAAAACACGUUUUUUGUUGGGUUUUUUUUUACUGAGAAAAGUAGUCAGUGCUGAAGUUAAUUGUUGUUCUGUAACGGGCAUAUGUCUUCUUUCAAAAAUCCAUCCUAGUCAGCCAACAAUACCACUAAUUAGCCUGAAUGCUAGUCGUUAGCCUCUCCAUGCUCGUGUGUCUUUCAUUUUUAGACAAUCAUGAUUUGGUUUCCAUUUUUGCGUUGGUGUUGUUGUUGUUAUUUGCUGUUGUAUGUUGAGAACUGUAUUUAUUUCUUGGCAAACUGUAGUUUGUUUACUGAAUAGCACUGCUCUUAGCCCGGCCGGAGGGGAGAUUCCUCGCCGGGCCUAUCCCAGUAUUCAAUGGGGUUUGUAGAUUGCAUUUGAGUGUUGGAUAGUAUUAAACAUUCACUUCACUCCUUAUUCUUCUAAUGAAACCGGUCGAGGAAUAUAUAUGACGUAGUUUUUUUUUCUAUGAUUCAAUUGUAAAAAAAGAAAAACAAAUAUAAAGAAUGAGUAAUAAAAAAAGCCAGGUAUAAUUUCUUCAUAAACGCAUGAUUGGUCUGGUAAGAUCUCAUUUUCUACGGUUGUCUGCAAGCUUGUGUGACGUUGGGUUCAUGUUAAUCUCUUGUGCCAAACUUAUGAUAAAUAACAGAUUCCUUUCAUUUAUUCUCCCGUUUUGAGGGAACCGAUUUUUGUUUUUUGUCGUUUUGUUUAUAAUCGAUUUUAAAAAGUAAUCAGCAAGUUGAGGUACUUUGUUUUAAUGCUUUCUACAAUGUAACUGUUAUGCAUUUCAAUUCAAUACUGUGGGAGGAACAACUAUGAAAAAUAAAG